GCCGUAAAAAAACUGUCGUCUUCUGAUUCGUCUCUCAGUUUUACUUCUCUUCUUCAUCCUCCGUGACGUCGACAUCAAUGGCGGUGCACACUGUUCGAUUACCCGCCACUCAUCUCCACACCGGAACUACCUCCAGAAACAUCUCAAAAUCCAACGGCAAUCCAAACGCCAUCAUCCGAUCCAGCUUCAGACCUUCGCAGCGACGCCGUUUCACAUCCCUAUCGGCGUCACUCCGUGAAGGCAACGAACAUGGCAAAGAAGACUCACCUCUCCUUCCUAAGCCGUUAUCAUCAAACCAGCUAGCGGAAACCGUCUCUAACGGCUCCCGUGUUCGUGUAGCCUAUCAGGGAGUAAGAGGUGCGUACAGUGAGUCAGCAGCUGAGAAGGCAUAUCCAAAUUGCGAAGCUGUUCCCUGCGAACAGUUUGACACUGCUUUUGAGGCGGUUGAGCGGUGGCUUGUUGACCGAGCGGUAUUGCCGAUUGAGAACUCUUUAGGUGGAAGCAUCCAUAGAAACUACGAUCUUUUGCUGAGACACAAUUUGCACAUUGUUGGGGAAGUCAAGUUAGCUGUUCGUCACUGUUUGUUGGCUAACCACGGUGUAACUCUUGACGGUCUGAAAAGGGUGUUAAGCCAUCCACAGGCUCUUGCUCAGUGUGAAAACACGUUGACUAGAUUGGGAUUGGUGAGAGAAGCAGUAGAUGACACUGCUGGUGCUGCAAAGCUAAUUGCAUUCGAAGGUUUAAGUGAUGCAGCAGCAGUUGCUAGCGCCAAAGCUGCUGAGAUAUAUGGAUUAAAUGUAGUUGCUGAAGAUAUCCAGGAUGACUCUGAUAACGUUACAAGGUUUCUGAUGCUCGCAAGGGAGCCUAUUAUACCUGGAACUAACAGGCUUUUUAAGACAAGUAUAGUUUUCUCGUUAGAGGAAGGACCUGGAAUGCUUUUCAAAGCACUUGCCGUGUUUGCACUUAGGCAAAUCAAUCUCACAAAGAUGGAAAGCCGGCCUUUAAGGAAAAACCCUCUACGAGCAUCUGGAGGGCUAAAAUACUUUGAUUAUCUUUUCUAUGUGGAUUUCGAAGCAUCUAUGGCUGAUGAAGUUGCUCAAAACGCACUUAGGCAUCUCGAGGAAUUUGCUACCUUUUUGAGGGUGCUGGGAAGCUACCCAGUGGACACUACAAUGCUCUAAUUAUUCCCAACAACAAAGACCUGAAAAACUAUGUUACGCAGAUCCAUAGGGUGACGUCCGAGGAGUCACCAGUGCAACUUGCGAGACCCUGUGAUUGCUCUUGUGUCUCCAGUUUCUCUUUAAAUAUUCUGUUUCUGUUUUGCACUGUUUCUUCUUUAGAAGAUGAGGCUUUGUUGUUUUAGAAGUAAAGAAUAGUCAGAUAUCAAAAACAAGAAGGAAAGAACCUAUAUACU